GAAGAAGAAGAAGAAGAAGAAGAAGAAAUCAAAGUAGAAGGGGAACCUUAAAGAGAAGCCUAAAGGAGCUUUCCCAGAAACUCUACGAUCUACGUCUGAGUAGGCGUCUGAACACACUCAUGUGGAAUACGCAGUAACAUAAGCGAUAUCGUCGACAAGAUGACGACGACCUGGAGCUGCCUGAUCCUUGGGAUCCUCGCCAUCCUGGGAAUCGGCUUGACGUAUGGCCGACAAGUUCGUCUUGAAUUAAUUAAUCCAAACGUAAUCGUCACGCUCGGAGAACGUCUGAAUCUACGCUGCGUGCCAAAUUUUAACGCCGAGACGUCCUGGUACAAGGAUAACGAGAUACUUCGGUCAAACACGUCGCGCAUGCGCGUGAUGAGACAAUGGAUAAAAAUCAAAUUCGUUGAACCCAUCGAUACCGGAAGUUACGGAUGCCGCGUGGAAUCUGCCCAGGGUGUGGAAUGGCGUAACGUAUCGGUGAUCGUUGAAAAUCUACAGAACGACGGUAUCCAGGAGAGCGAGGAACUUGGUAGCGUCCUGGGUGCUUUGAGGCCCGAGGAGGAGACGAAUGAGCUCGAGAUCGCCGCAUCGAGAAAUCUACCGGAGACCAGGUCCCUUCAUCUGGAUGCAGACCUGGACAACGAUAAGGGCGAGAAUGAGAACGCUGGUGAACAUAAUAAAACGGCGCCAGAGAGUCCUCCGGCUUUUAAUAAAACGGACGAUAUGCCAAGUUCAGUCGUUAAGCCAGCUGGGAAUAUGCUGAGAAUACGCUGUCCCAGUGUCGGUAAUCCAAGACCCAAUAUCACCUGGUUGAAAAACAAUGAGGAACCGAAGAGAAGCCUUGGGACUGUUAUACGUACCAAGUGGAACCUCAGGCUGGAGGAUCUGGUAGUUCAGGAUAGUGGAAAUUACACGUGCAUAGUCUGCAACUACCUGGGCUGCAUCAAUCAUACCUACAAAGUUGAUGUUGUCGAAAGCGUGAAGCACCAACCUAUCCUGACCAGGGCACCGAAGAACACGACGGCUCUCAUUGGAACGAACGCAAGCAUGACCUGCGAGGUCCUUUCGAAUGCCCAUCGACAUCUUGAGUGGUAUCAUGGCUACCAUACUUCCUUUGACACCCUCAACAAAACCAACCAAAGCGUCCCGGUUGAGGUUAAGGCUGACUCCUUAGAGAAUCGGGAAGUAUUGAAGUUGUAUAACGUCACGGAAAAGGAUGAAGGCUGGUACACGUGUAUUGCCCAGAAUACACUUGGAGAAACUUUCAGCAGCGCUUAUCUGCGAGUAGUGGAAACUCUGGACGAGCAGCGAAUACCGUUGACCGCACGGCCGCAGACCCUCCUAGUAAACGUUCUGGCAGCUGUUUUGUUCGUUUUGUUCGCCAUCGGUGUGAUAGUCGUAAUUUACAUAUUCCAUCGGCUGAAGCGAGAAAAGAUGAAGAAAUUACUGGCGAUUAAAACUGUACGCGACGCUGUGAUCAUACAGUGGACCAAGAAAGUCAUCGUCGAGAAGCAGAACAUGGUGAAUAGCCAGAACGUCCAGGAACCAUUGUUGAUGCCGGUGGUGAAGAUCGAGAAACAAAAGUCUACCGUCGCGGCAGAGGAUAACAGUGGCGGAAGUAUAUCGGAGUAUGAACUUCCGUUGGACAGCGCUUGGGAAUUACCUAGGGAACAUCUCGCCCUAGGUAACACCCUGGGAGAGGGUGCGUUUGGCAAGGUAGUCAGAGCACAGACCAAUACGAUGAAACCAGGAAUACCCAGUGUGGUAGCUGUAAAGAUGUUAAAGGAGGGACAUACCGAUGCUGAGAUGAUGGACCUAGUUUCGGAAAUGGAAAUGAUGAAGAUGAUUGGCAAGCACGUCAACAUCAUCAACCUCCUAGGUGCCUGUACCCAGGGUGGUCCUCUUUAUGUAGUCGUGGAGUUUGCACCUCAUGGGAAUCUUCGUGACUUCCUGCGGGAUCACAGGCCAUCAUCAGGAUACGAACCUACCAUUGGCCAGGAAAUGAAGGAGCGGAAGACACUCACCCAGAAGGACCUGGUGUCCUUUGCUUAUCAAGUUGCUCGUGGUAUGGAGUAUCUCGCCAGUAGACGAUGCAUCCAUAGGGACCUUGCGGCCAGGAACGUCCUGGUGAACGACGAGUACGUUCUGAAAAUCGCUGAUUUUGGACUAGCCCGUGACAUCCACUGCCACGAUUACUACAGAAAGACUACCGAUGGCAGAUUACCUGUCAAAUGGAUGGCUCCAGAGGCACUUUUCCAUCGAGUCUACACCACGCAGUCCGACGUAUGGUCGUACGGAAUUCUGUUGUGGGAGAUCAUGACAUUGGGUGGUACGCCGUAUCCUUCUGUACCUUCGGUUGAAAAAUUAUUCCAAUUACUCAGAACUGGACACAGGAUGGAAAAGCCGCCAUGCUGUUCCAUUGAGAUCUACAUGCUUAUGAGAGAUUGUUGGAGUUACCAACCUAACGAGCGACCAAUGUUUGGAGAAUUAGUCGAGGAUCUCGACAGGAUAUUGACAAUAACAGCGAACGAGGAAUAUCUAGAUCUUGGUUUGCCGCAGUUGGAUACACCACCGUCAAGUCAGGAGUCAAGCGAAGCUGAAGACGACGACGAAAAUGGUGAAGAGAAAUUCCCUUACUUGUUGUGAAAAAAAAGAUUAACAUAUGGGACCGAUAAAGUCCCUGGUUUUAUAUGAACUUUGAGUUGAGAGACGAAAGAAGGAAAACAAAAUCGGAUCGAAUCCCUAUGUACUGAAGUGCCAAAGUGGAUUUAACGCGGUUAUGAUAUAAGGACGCGUUUGAGAUUUCUGGAAAAGAUUUCCGGCAGCGUGUACGUGCGAGUACGUUGGAGAUAAUAACCGACUGAUAAAGCGAACACGCCAAAUACAUUAUACAAAUCAGUAUUGAACAGUAGCGCGUAUUUUGUAGAGUAUAAGAAGCCACAAAAAGUAAUGAGAGGUUGGAAGAGAUGAAGAAAAUUAUGACGGGCAGGAAUAGGCAGGAGUAUGAACGUUGGAAGAAAGCAAGAUAAAGGAUUAAUCGACUAGAAAUCCAAAAAGGAUAUUUUUUAUACAAUCUAUCUAUAUUUUCAUUCGAGUCUUAAAGAAUUGUGCCAUUGACCACAGUGCCUACGUAUCGUGGAGAUCUACUUGUUGAUGCGUUCAAGGAAAUGAAUUUAAUUGGCCAAUCGGUGGUGCGCAUGAUCCGUCAUAUUGUUUAUGACGAACGAUAGGUUGGAUAUCUUGAUAAACACUAAUAUCCCCAUGAUGGAUUUUUAUAUGUUUGAUACAAAAUGGCGGCAUGAUAUUGCGUUUGUAACUAGUCAAUUUAUGAAAUUCUGAAUUUUUGUCUUUUUUUUCCUUUUCCUUUUUUUUUUUGUAUGAUAGAGCGUAGCGUUUCGUCUUAAUGUUUCUACGUGCGUAAUGUUUAUAGCUUACGAUUAUCGCGAGGGCUUCAUUGUAGUGACGAAGGUGACAAAGAACUUUUGUGGAUGAAGAAUGUAAUUGCGAAGUCCUAUAGCGUAGAAGUGCCUUUUAUGAAUUUAUCCAAAUGUUAUGUGGAAUCGUGGAGUUUUCGGGACAAUUUUCAUUCAGAUGACUUUUCCGUGAGGGAAAAUAAAAAUAAAGAAAAAAUUUGUUGGCGUUAUUUUCCCAGGAUACCCGAGAUAAAGUGACCCGGAGCAUUUAGAGAGCAUUCAAAAUGUACAGAGAGUGCGACACGUAGAUAAAAUACAUAGUUUUUAGAUAAUUUAUUCUUUGUAAAAAUUAACGUUUCGAGAAUUCCUCUUGAGAACUCUAUUCUUUUUUUUUUACAUUUACCCUGGCAGGUAUUGUAAAACGGAAGGAUCAACGUCCAUCUUAAAUUUACGAUAACAAAGGGCAACCUGCACUUGUAAAAAUACAACCGUAGAUGUAUGUAACAUAAUAAAUACGUAUGGAUAAUAGUAGCAUAGCGAUAGGAGCGUGAUGAUUGUACAUAUAGUAACGACUUUGUUUAUUAUUUAAAAAAAAUUAUCGUUACUCAGCACCUACAGGUAGCCAGUAAAUCAGCAUUUACCUAAAAUACAUAGAAAGUAUAAUGUGUAUACUCUGUGUAAACCAAUUGUAACGUGAGAGUUUCAACUCCAAUAAAUCAAAUCUGUACUCUAUUGAAA